AUUGGCCAACACAUGAUGUUUAUCUCCUAAAUAACACCCGGAAAUUGGCCAACACAUGAUGUUUAUCUCCUAAAUGCAUUCUCUGGCUAUACUUGGCACUAAAAAACCCAUUCUCUGGUUAUACUCGGCAUCAGACUCACACUCUUGCUCUGGCUAUACUUGGCAUCAAAAAACCUAUUUUCUGGCUAUACUUGGCAUCAAACAACCCAUUCUCUGGCUAUACUUGGCUUCAGACAAACCAUUCCCUGGCUAUACUUGGCAUCAGACAACCCAUUCUUUGCUACACUUUUCCAUCGGACAAUGCAUUCUCUGGCUAUACUUGGCACUAAAAAACCCAUUCUCUGGUUAUACUCGGCAUCAGACUCACACUCUUGCUCUCGCUAUACUUGGCAUCAAAAAACCUAUUUUCUGGCUAUACUUGGCAUCAAACAACCAAUUCUCUGGCUAUGCUUGGCUUCAGACAAACCAUUCCCUGGCUAUACUUGGCAUCAGACUCACCCAUUAUGACUUGUGUUCUAGUUUCAACAAGAAAGAGGAAGACUUCAGUUCCUUGAGGGAUUACAAUGACUAUCUGGAGAUGAUUGAAACAAUAGUUUUCAAUCUGACCAAUGGUAUUGAUGUUGAGAGCACACGAAAGAUGAUAGAACAGUACAGGAAGGACAACAAAGAUCAGAUCAAGAAAAACCUGUCAAAAAUGAGUAAAGACCAGGAGUACCUUGACCAACUGAUUGAGCAGGAGAAACAUGACACAGCAGUUCGAAAGCAAAUGAUUGAGGAAGAGGCCGCUAGGGAUAAAGCUUUCAAGAAGAAGAACAAGGCUGCCCUGAUAGAUGAACUGAUGUUUUCUGACUUGUCUGCCACGGACAUCGUGGCCACCCACAGAGAAUGUGUGAACCAGCUUGAGGCAGCAAGCCGUGCAUCCGCUCCCACCACCUUCUCCACCGGGAUUAAGAUAGGUCACCAUGACACUGUGCUGCCGUUGCCUGGUUGUGAGGACAAUGGAGAUGCAUAUAUGUACCUGCCUUAUGACUUGAACAACAGCGGCCCCAGCCUGAUUGACCAGGAAGCUAUACAUAACCUAGGGUACCUCUCUCAUGUCCGCCCAGCAACAGACAUGGAACGUCGCGGAGGCUUUGAAGCCAGGAUAGCCUGCCAGAGAGCUCUCCAUGAUGCUCUUAGUGGACUCUUCUACUUCCCAGAGACUGACUGCAGUUCAGGACUGCAACCUAUGGUGACAUGAAAUAUCUAACAGGCAGCUUUCUGAAUUGUGCAAGGUGUCAGGAGAUGGAAGCUGUCAAUGAUUCUGAAGUGGCAGAUAAACGCUCUCCCUUGUUCAGUAGUAUUUGCUGGUUAUCAGGAUCAAGCAAUAGCUGGACAGGUGCACAGUGUUAGCUUGGUCCGUCAAGUACCUGGAGACCAUGCUACACCUAGGCAUCUUUGACAGACCUCUGACAAAGGACAUGUGUCGUAGUUUUUCAAGGAUGCAUGUAAGGCAAGGCUGUGUGUGUAUGUGUUUCCAUAUAACCUGGAAUGAAAACUCAUACUUGAUUACAUCUUGUCCCCACUCACUUAUCAUGAGUGCAUCAUUAAAGUAACCCAGUCUAUAGGGUUAAAACUGA